AUGAAGCGACGUCCUUCCGCAUGGACGCAACAUGAUCAGGCUGUCUCUGUUCACCUUCGCGUCGUGCCGUCCUCUGAUCAGGCGAGAUUAGGAACGACUUCCUUCAUCAUUGGCUGGAACGAUGAGGAAACACAUACGAUGGAGAUCCAGAAGAAUACUCACCGAACAGCAUCUAUAGCAGCCGCUACGGCCUACGGUGACGCCUCGCGCUCCUGCGGAUGCGGAUUAGAGUGCGCGACGCCGAUGCUGACCAGAAGACGCGACCACAACGUGGAUCGGCCUGAUGGACAUGAAUACCUAAUGAUCUACGUGGGGCGGGGCAAGGACAACAGAGCUCCGUCAUCGGGCCUUCUCCUUCUCGGCACGGCGUUGCGGCGGCGGCGCGGGCGAGGGCGGACGCGGUGCGCGAUGACGGCGAGGGCGGAGAACGGCAGCGCGUCGCGUUUCAGACGUACGAUCGCUAUCCCCACCAAUCCGUCAACCAUGAGCCGAUCCUUAGUCCUUGCCCGUCCGCUGCCAAUGCACCCCGACGAUCUGGCAGAUCCGCCUCCGGCUUCCAUCCUCCUCGACCCGCGCGGCUACAUCGACGACCGCACCACCGCCACCACCGCCGAGGGCGUCACAAGCGGCGGCAAGCGCUUCAGCCCUGAUCUAGAGCGCUCCGCGUUCGGCGGCAUCCCCAUGCUCCUCAACACGGAGGACGACCUUGCCUUGCUUCGCGUCCCGAUCUGCCCUCUGGGCGACGACGGUGUCGCGGGGAACAACGAUCACUUCGUCUACCACGCCGGCGACAGCAACGAGAACAAGCGGCCUCCGUCGCUGGAUUUGAUCCCCAGGGCUCCCGGCCGAGUCUUCCUCGACGAGGACGCUGGCCUCCUGCGCUGCCGCCGUGAUCGCGACAUGUAUUUCGUUGCUGUGCUCUGCUGGGCAUACCGCGUGGGACAGUACAAACUCCACCUCUACAGCUCCAAGACGGAGACAUGGAGCACCAGGUUGAUGUACCUUGCUUCAGCAGAAGGGAAAUUGCUCUACACCAACUCCAGCAAGGAGAUCAUCAUUGGAGGGGAGCUUGGGUCCAAGGGCUGGGUUGACCUGUGGCGAGGCAUCCUCAUAUGCGACCUCCUCAAGGAGGACAGCACCGAGCUUCGCUACAUCCCACUGCCGACUCCAUUGGUGCCCAGGACACUCAAGGGUCCUCCAUUGUAUGUUCGGGACAUCGUUGUUGUUGAAGGCUACAUCAAGUACUUCGAGAUGUGUCGUUUACAUGGCGGACCUGAUGAAGGAUGCUGGAAGGCAGUCACAUGGGAAAGGAAGGAUUCUUGGAAUGACUGGAAGAAGGACUGUGUGAUCGAAGUUUCCAAGGACUACCCAGCAGCACAUAUUACCAACCCAGAUGAUCAGCAGCAGGAGGAGGCUGCAGAAACCAAAGAGCAGCUGCCAACCUUGAAGGGAUUCUACUCAGGUUAUCCAGCCCUGAGCUUGCACGAUGGUGGUGGUGUUUAUAUCAUGGACAGACACAACCUCGAUGACACAAAGGUAAUGGUUGCUGUUGAUAGGAGGAAACAGACUCUGAAGGGUGUGGCUGAUUGUUACUCUCCGAGGCCGCUGGGUUACAGUUCCGUCUACUUUGGAAGUGGGAUCUCCAAAGUUCUUCGCAGCAGGAGCAGGACGUCCACCAGAGGGAAUGCUGCGUGCUACUGA